AUGGAUACUUUGAGGCCAUUGGUAGAUGAAAUGCCUGUAGUAAUAUUCAUUAAAAGCCAAUCAGAUCCUGUAAGCCAUUCCAUGAAGCAGCUUUUUAGUAGCUAUGGUGCAAAUCCUAUAGUGUAUGUGCUGAAUAAAUUAGAAAAAGGUCAAGACGUCAAAUAUGCCCUUCAAAUGAUGGGGCAGAACCCAAGUAAUAUUCCAGCCAUUUUUAUUGGAGGAGAUUUCAUUGGUGGAGCUAAUGAAGUUAUUGGCCUUCAAAUUCGAGGGGAACUUGUGCACAAAUUGAUUAAUGCUAUAGCUAUCUGGGUUUGA